CUUUCCCUUUUCUUUCUACCUAAACUAAACCUUGCAUCAAUUAGCAUCCUCAAUAAAAGGCAAUCCAUUCUCCCUCAUUCCUCACAAAAGGACACCAGUUAAGUACUAUUAAGUAGUAAUCUCAAAGUGUCCUAAACUACACAUCAAACACUCAUAGCAAAAAAAUCAUACCUAUCAUUUGUAUCUUUCCACAAACAGAUAAACUAUCUAGUAAGAUGAAGCAAAUUCUCUUCUUCACACUCUUAGUACUAUUAGGUCAUAUCUUUUUUACCACAACUUUAGCUCAAUCACCUGCUGCAGCACCUAAAGCCCCGGAAAAACCUGCUCCCGCCACACCAGCUCCUGCAACAGCACCAGCAAAACCAUUAGUCCCUUCAUUACCUCAAUCGCCCUCAUCCGAUUCUUCGUCCGGUCAAGACAUCAUCAAAAUUCUACGUAAAGCGAAAUCAUUCAACACGUUAAUCCGUUUGCUCAAAACCACACAAAUCAUCAACCAAAUUAACUCACAGCUGGUGACAACAAAAAACGGUGGUUUAACCAUCCUUGCACCUGAUGACGGUGCCUUUUUGCAGCUGAAAGCCGGAUACUUCAACUCCCUCGGUGAACGCCAACAGAAAGAAUUGAUACAGUUUCAUGUUCUUCCUGUUUACGUCUCCAGCUCAAAUUUUGAUUCGCUUAGCAACCCGGUGCUGACACUUGCCAGUGAUAGCCCUUCUGGUUAUCAUAUGAAUGUGACUGCUUAUGGAAACAAUGUUAAUAUAUCAACUGGGCCGGUUAAUGCUACACUCACAGGGAUUGUUUACUCUGAUAAGACACUUGCUAUAUAUCAUGUUGAUAAGGUGCUUAUUCCAUUGGACUUCUCUAAGCCUAAGGCUCUAGCUCCUGCUCCUUCUACGGCAAAGGCGCCUAAAGCAGAUAAGGAUAGUUCAUCUGAAGAUGGUGAUCAAGGAGAGUCAACUAAAGCUACUUCUGGUGCAAACAAUUUGAUUAGCCUUCAAGGAACAAUGUUUGUGUCCCUUUUGGUUGCAGCAGUAACCAUGUUCGGUUGAUGAAGACCAACACAUUUGAAGGCUGUUAUGUUUUUUGAAAUUCUAUUGUGUUCUUUACUCUCUUGGUUUUGUUUUUGUAUUGUCAUGGGAUGAGUGUUGUUUGAGAGCUUGGGAAGUGUGAAAACUCUUACCUGAUUUUUUUCUUCAUGUAAAAAAAAAAAAGCAUUGAUUGUUUUGUUGAAAGAAAUCUGAAUUAUUUGAAGUGUUGAAAUGGUGAUGUCAAUUACAACUUUUGAGGUUA